AAAUACCUUGGAAACCUCUAGAAACCCCAAUAUAUAACCCUAAUAUAUGAUAUAUAUACAUACAUCUAUGUAUAUAUAAAUUUUGAUUUACAUAAUUGUUAAUACUUGGUUUAAUUUCAAUGGGGAUUAUUGAGGCAUGGUUCAUGGAUGAUAGCCAUGAGAAUCCACAGCUUCCUCAUCAUCUCAAUCCACAUGAACCUGUUUCCCCUGAUUACUUAGCUGAAUUGGGUGUUUUGCACUGGAAGUUGAAUCCAGAAAAGUAUGAGAAUGAUGAAGAAUUGGACAAGAUCAGGGCUGACAGAGGCUACAAUUACAUGGAUCUGCUGGAUUUAUGCCCCGAGAAAGUGGAAAAUUAUGAGCAAAAGCUGAAGAACUUCUACACAGAGCACAUUCAUGCAGAUGAAGAAAUACGGUAUUGCUUGGAAGGGAGUGGGUAUUUUGAUAUCCGGGAUAAACAGGAUCGCUGGAUUCGCAUUUGGAUCAAGGCUGGUGAUCUCAUAAUCUUGCCUGCAGGAAUAUACCACCGGUUCACCCUUGACACCUCCAACUAUAUCAAGCUGAUGAGGUUAUUUGUUGGAGAGCCAGUAUGGACUGCAUUCAAUAGACCACAAGAGGAGCAUCCAGCCAGGAGAAACUACAUGAUUAACUUUGGUCAAAAGAUGGGGAUGCCUCUUGAAGCUCAUUAAAGUCUACCUAUGAAUAACAUAUGUAUGUAAUACGAUAUAAGACUACUGAUAUAUAGCUGCAAUUGUCAUAUACAUGUAUUUUGAGGCCAAAUACUGAUACUCUUCUGUAUUUGAAUCUUCAAUAUGAUAUAAUACUAUGCUAUUUGUAGCUUUA